AUGAUGGAAUUCUUUAAGUGGGAUACUUCUGAAGUGUCUGAUAUUCAGAGAAGAUAUUAUAAGUUGCUUCACGUGGGUGCUCCUAAACCAUCAGCACUUCCUCAUGUGUUACGACAGGUGGAUGCUCCUAAACCUUCAGCACUUCCUCAUGUGUUACUACAGGUGGGUGCUCCUAAACCUUCGGCAGUUCCUCAUGUGUUACUACAGGUGGGUGCUCCUAAACCUUCGGCACUUCCUCCUGUGUUACUACAGGUGGAUGCUCCUAAACCAUCAGCACUUCCUCAUGUGUUACUACAGGUGGAUGCUCCUAAACCUUCAGCACUUCCUCAUGUGUUACUACAGGUGGGUGCUCCUAAACCUUCGGCACUUCCUCAUGUGUUACUACAGGUGGGUGCUCCUAAACCUUCAGCACUUCCUCAUGUGUUACUACAGGUGGGUGCUCCUAAACCUUCGGCACUUCCUCAUGUGUUACUACAGGUGGGUGCUCCUAAACCUUCAGCACUUCCUCAUGUGUUACUACAGGUGGGUGCUCCUAAACCAUCAGCACUUCCUCAUGUGUUACUACAGGUGGGUGCUCCUAAACCAUCAGCACUUCCUCAUGUGUUACUACAGGUGGGUGCUCCUAAACCUUCAGCACUUCCUCAUGUGUUACUACUGGUGGGUGCUCCUAAAGCAUCAGCACUUCCUCAUGUGUUACUACAGGUGGGUGCUCCUAAACCAUCAGCACUUCCUCAUGUGUUACUACAGGUGGGUGCUCCUAAACCUUCAGCACUUCCUCAUGUGUUACUACAGGUGGGUGCUCCUAAACCUUCAGCAGUUCCUCAUGUGUUACUACAGGUGGGUGCUCCUAAACCUUCAGCACUUCCUCAUGUGUUACUACAGGUGGGUGCUCCUAAACCAUCAGCACUUCCUCAUGUGUUACUACAGGUGGGUGCUCCUAAACCUUCAGCACUUCCUCAUGUGUUACUACAGGUGGGUGCUCCUAAACCAUCAGCACUUCCUCAUGUGUUACUACAGGUGGGUGCUCCUAAACCUUCGGCACUUCCUCCUGUGUUACUACAGGUGGGUGCUCCUAAACCUUCAGCACUUCCUCAUGUGUUACUACAGGUGGGUGCUCCUAAACCUUCAGCAGUUCCUCAUGUGUUACUACAGGUGGGUGCUCCUAAACCUUCAGCACUUCCUCAUGUGUUACUACAGGUGGGUGCUCCUAAACCAUCAGCACUUCCUCAUGUGUUACUACAGGUGGGUGCUCCUAAACCUUUGGCACUUCCUCCUGUGUUACUACAGGUGGGUGCUCCUAAACCGUCAGCACUUCCUCAUGUGUUACUACAGGUGGGUGCUCCUAAACCUUCAGCACUUCCUCAUGUGUUACUACAGGUGGGUGCUCCUAAACCUUCAGCACUUCCUCCUGUGUUACAACAGGUGGGUGCUCCUAAACCUUCAGCACUUCCUCCUGUGUUACUACAGGUGGGUGCUCCUAAACCUUCAGCACUUCCUAAUGUGUUACUACAGGUGGGUGCUCCUAAACCUUCAGCACUUCCUCCUGUGUUACUACAGGUGGGUGCUCCUAAACCUUCAGCACUUCCUCAUGUGUUACUACAGGUGGGUGCUCCUAAACCUUCAGCACUUCCUCCUGUGUUACUACAGGUGGGUGCUCCUAAACCUUCAGCACUUCCUCAUGUGUUACUACAGGUGGGUGCUCCUAAACCUUCAGCAUUUCCUCCUGUGUUACUACAGGUGGGUACUCCUAAACCUUCAGCACUUCCUCAUGUCUUACUACAGGUGGAUGCUCCUAAACCUUCAGCACUUCCUCAUGUGUUACUACAGGUGGGUGCUCCUAAACCUUCAGCACUUCCUCAUGUGUUACUACAGGUGGGUGCUCCUAAACCUUCGGCACUUCCUCAAGUGUCGGCUGCCUUGUUAGGUACUUUCCUUGCUGCUUCCAGCAAACUAACCAACAUAAUCCGCAAAAGUGAAACUACUACUGCCAUAUACAAUAAGCUAACCAACAAAACCCACAAAAGUGAAACUACUACUGCCAUUUACAGCAAACUAACCAACAUAAUCCGCAAAAGUGAAACUACUACUGCCAUUUACAGCAAACCAACCAACAUAAUCCGCAAAAGUGAAACUACUACUGCCAUUUACAGCAAACUAACCAACAUAAUCCACAAAAGUGAAACGACUACUGCCAUUUACAGCAAACUAACCAACAUAAUCCACAAAAGUGAAACGACUACUGCCAUUUACAGCAAACCAACCAAAAUAAUCCGCAAAAGUGAAACGACUACUGCCAUUUACAGCAAACCAACCAACAUAAUCCGCAAAAGUGAAACUACUACUGCCAUAUACAACAAACCAACCAACAUAAUCUGCAAAAGUUAA